AUGCAGUGUGGCUGUCUGUCCCAAGGGCUGCCUGUCCUGUCUGACUCCUCCUGGGUAUCAGGGCUGGCAUUCCCCGACUGGGCGUACAAAGCCGAGUCCAGCCCCGGCUCCCGGCAAAUCCAGUUAUGGCAUUUCAUCCUGGAGCUGCUGCAGCAGGAAGAGUUUCGCCAUGUCAUCGCCUGGCAGCAGGGCGAGUACGGGGAGUUUGUCAUCAAGGACCCCGAGGAGGUGGCCCGGUUGUGGGGUCGGAGGAAAUGCAAACCCCAGAUGAACUACGACAAGCUGAGCCGGGCGCUCAGGUACUACUACAACAAGCACAUCCUGCACAAGACCAAGGGCAAACGCUUCACCUACAAGUUCAACUUCAGCAAACUCAUCUUCCUCAACUGCCCGCUGUGGGACACCCACUGCCCAUCCCCGCUGCCAGGUGCCGGCAGCCUGUGCCACCCCCUCGCCAUGCCCCCCAGCAUGCCGAGCCAGUUGGUGCCAAGCAUGCUGCUGAGCCGGCGGGUGCUGGCAGACCCACUGGUCUGGCACCGGGGUCCCCGGCACCCCUGGCACCCCGACACGCUGGAGAAGAGGAUGACCACCGCUGGGACCUGGUAUGGUGGGGCUCAGGCAGGCAGGGACACGGCCGUUGCUGGUCCCACAGCAGCACCCAGUGGCUGUGGCUGGGAGAGAGGACGGGGCACCCACCCGGAGGAUGCUGAGGCCAAGGGAGAAGGGACCUGCCAGAGCAGCCCAGGGUGCUGCCCGCACCCCUUAGCAUGA